UUGGAGAUGUCGCCGAACGGAGCUGCAAAUUAAACAGAACGGCGGGUGGAGCUUUGGAGCAAGGAGGAGCGCUGGACAGCAGCCUGUGAGAAUGGCUGAGUUGAGCUGGAAGGAGGUAGUUUUGUUGACAGCAGUAGUGACUGUUUGUUACUGGAACAGCACGCAUUGUGGGUUUGUUUUUGAUGAUGUCUCCGCCAUUCUGGAUAACAAAGACUUGCAUCCUUCAACACCUUUGAAGAACUUAUUUCACAAUGACUUCUGGGGAACUCCUAUGAGUGAGGAAAGGAGCCACAAAUCCUAUCGACCGCUCACUGUGCUCACAUUUCGAUUAAACUACCUUUUCAGUGAACUGAAUUCAGCUUUCUACCACCUCUUGAACCUUGUCCUGCAUGCAGUGGUCUGCAUAAUUUAUCUCAAAGUAUGCCAACUGUUCCUGGACAGGAAAUCCAGCCUGAUUGCUUCUCUGCUUUUUGCGGUUCAUCCAAUUCACACUGAAGCGGUUACUGGAGUUGUAGGUCGGGCUGAGCUUUUGUCCUCCAUUUUCUUUUUGGCUGCAUUUUUAUCGUACACCAAGUCUAAAGGUCCCAACAAUUCUAUCGUGUGGACUCCUAUUGUGGUCACUGUGAUAUUGGUUGCUGUUGCAACUUUAUGCAAGGAACAAGGAAUAACAGUCAUCGGCAUAUGUUUUGUCUAUGAAAUCUUUGUCGCCCAAGGAUUCACUUUGCCAAUUCUGGGGGAGAUUGUGGUCCACUUGGUACGAGGGAAAGGCAAUCUGCCAUCAUGGGUUCUCCAGACACUAAUCAAACUUAUUUUUUUGAUGCUGAGCACUCUUCUGCUUGUCAUUGUCCGAGUUCAAGUCAUUCAGUCCCAGCUACCCAUUUUCACCAGGUUUGAUAAUCCAGCUGCUGUCAGUCCAAGUCCUGUAAGGCAGCUCACAUUCAACUACCUCUUGCCCCUGAAUGGUUGGCUUCUCCUGAACCCAUCAGAAUUAUGCUGUGACUGGACAAUGGGCACUGUCCCAUUAGUGGAAUCAUUCUUUGAUAUUCGAAACCUUGCCACAGUCACUUUCUACUGUUUAAUGGUUCUACUGAUCCAUUAUAGUCUUCGCUAUCCUGGAGAAUCAUCCCAGGUUGUAAUAAUGGCCCUUUCGUUCAUGGUGUUACCAUUCAUUCCGGCAUCAAACUUGUUCUUCCCUGUUGGCUUUGUGGUAGCAGAGCGUGUGCUUUAUGUUCCGAGCAUGGGGUUUUGUUUGCUGGUUGCCCAUGGAUGGAAGAAGAUAGCAGAAACAUGGAAUCUAAAGAAGUUGUCCUGGGUUGGUUUGACAAUUCUGCUUGUUGCCCACACGAGCAAAACAAUUUAUCGCAAUUGGGAUUGGGAAUCUGAAUACACCCUAUUCAUGUCUGGUCUGAAGGUCAAUAAAAACAAUGCCAAACUUUGGAACAACGUGGGACAUGCUUUGGAAAAUGAACAUAACUAUGGGAAAGCUUUGAAGUUCUUCAUUCAAGCCACUAGGGUUCAACCAGAUGAUAUCGGGGCCCACAUGAAUGUUGGAAGAACGUACAAAAACCUGAACAAAACCAAAGAAGCAGAAGAUGCCUACAUGCUGGCAAAAUCACUAAUGCCGCAGGUUAUACCAGGAAAGAAGUACGCAGCACGAGUUGCACCCAAUCAUCUGAAUGUUUACAUCAAUCUCGCAAAUUUGAUUCGAGGGAAUGAAUCUCGUUUGGAGGAGGCUGACCAACUUUACCGCCAAGCAAUCAGUAUGAGACCUGAUUUUAAGCAGGCAUACAUCAACAGGGGUGAGUUACUUCUGAAGAUGGACAGGCCUCUGGAGGCCAGGGAUGCCUACAUAAGAGCCUUGGAGUUGGAUAAGACCAAUGCUGACCUCUGGUAUAAUUUGGCGAUUGUUUACAUUGAGCUCAAAGAUCCAACUGAAGCCUUGAAACAUUUCAACCAAGCUCUAGAAAUCAGUUCUAACCACAAGCUGGCACUAUUUAACUCUGGUCUGCUUAUGCAAGAAUCAGGUGAGGCAAGCCUGAGACCUGAAGCAAAGAAGCGUUUUUUGAGUUAUGUGGAAAUGGAACCUGAGGAUGCAAAUGGCUACUUCAAUCUGGGUAUGCUUGCCAUGGACAACAAAGAGAAUGUUGAAGCUGAAUCCUGGAUGAAGAAAUCUAUUCAGGUGCAACCAGGUUUCCGCAGCGCACUAUUUAACCUGGCACUGCUAUAUUCUCAAACUGGGAUGGAGAUGCAGGCUCUUCCAGUUCUGGAGGACUUACUACAUCACCACCCUGAUCACAUUAAAGGCCUUAUCCUGAAGGGGGACAUUCUCAUGAACAAGAAAAAGGAUAUUCAAGGAGCCAAAAAAUGCUUUGAAAGGAUUUUGGAAAUCGAUCCCUCCAACGUUCAGGGGAAACACAACCUGUGCGUGGUGUACUUUGAAGAGAAGGACCUUAUGAGGGCUGAAGCUUGUCUGUCUGAGACCUUGGCUUUGGCACCUGAUGAGGAGUACAUCCACCGACACCUGAGCAUUGUGCGCAACAAGAUAGCAGCUCAGGGCAGUGGAGGCUCGUUGGAACAAUCAACACCAGCCAUCAGCCCAGCAAAGCGAGUGGGAGGUGAAGCCCCUACUGAGAGCCAGAAGGGGCACAGCAACAAACAGAGAAAAGUUUCCAAAAUAGCGGACGCUUCUGAAGGCGACACAGAGUUUUCCAGCAAUUCAAAACAAUCUCAAAACAGUCUGAACAAACGGACAAAAAAAAAGUCCAACAAAGAAAUCAAAGAGAUUGAAAAGAAGCGAGCCGCUGCCUUAAAACGGCUGGAAGAGAUUGAACGCAUUUUGAAUGUCGAAUAGAAUGGAAGUUGUGAACACUAAGGACGUAUGUGAUCAUCGUCCUUUUAACUUGAUUACAUUAUUGUGGCAACAAUGGUUUACAGUUUCCUGCCAUGCAGGAAGCAUUUAUUUUAUGCAAAGUAACUUAAAUAGGAAUCAUAAUUAAUACCAACAAAGCAAAUGAUUUGUCUGAAUGCAAACUUAAUCACUAAUUUAAUAAACUGAAAGGCUCCUACCUCCUCUCACCUAUAACAAACUCAAACGAAUAGCCUUUCACAGUGCAGAUUCGGUUAAGGUCCUUGCAUUUUGGGACCAUACCACAGUUUGAAGGUUUGGGAAGAUCUUGAGCCAACCCAAGUUACUGGAUGGUCCAGUAGCACAAAUGAUUUCCAUCUCUUCCCCUAUUGGUUCAAUGUUUAAGUGAAUGGCAACAUGUGGGAUUACAGAUUAGAAUGUUCAAAUUGAAUCCAAACGUAUUAACAAAUUUCAUCUGAGACUCCCCAAUCUGCUUUGAUACCACUGGGUUGAGGAAGUAAGUAAAAAUUUGCCAACUUUCACCAUUUUGGCUGCUGUUUGGUGGCCCUGUUGGGAAGCACAAAUGGAUCAAUGCAAUGAGCUGAUGGGGCUUGGCUUAAAAAACUACAUCCGCCCCCUGCUCCCCCUUGCAACCACAGCAUGUUGCAGCCAAAACAAAGCUCUGACAAUGCUCAAAGAGCUAGGUACAAACUGCGUCCACAUGUGCCAUCAGAGGGGAGGAGGAACAAAAGCUGAAAAAGAGAGCAAGUUUUCAAAGGCUUGCAUUGGUUUCCCACCCAGAAUCAUUGAUGAAAGUGAUUCCUCUGUUGCUGUGGCCAGUAAACUGAAUGCAUGAGUCACAGCCGGUGGCCACAGGACUGGAUACAAUUAAGGAUAUGUUGUUCUGUGGUGGUUUGUUACUUAAGGGGUGCGCUUGUAGAAUAGAGAUAGCAAGUUUUACACCUGCAUUUUGUGAAACCUGAGUAUCUUUUGUUUAAGAGGAAAGCAUUUCCUGAGGACUCAAAAUUGUUCCCUUGAGUAUGAAAGGAACUGUUUGAACUUCUGAAUUCUGAAGUUGUUAUACAACCUGUAGCACACUUCCACAGCCUCUUAUUUAUGUAAUAUAUAACUGAGUGUUUUGUUUGCUGCCUUCACGUGCUGGGUAGUGCUUAGGUAAGCUCAGUUUUCAUUUUUCUGUGCACAAACUUUGAUUACUGUGGCAAUAAAAGUAUCUUUACUGUCAUACUGUUAAACCACUCCUGAUACGAAUGUUACUUAGAAGCAGCACAUUUUUAACAGAAAAUAUGUUUGAUUUUUUUUCCAUGUUGGGUUUUUGUAUAAACAUUUUAGUCUUUGUUCAAAUCAUGCAUCACUUUUGUUUUGAAAAAUUAAGUAUAUUGUGUUCAUUUAUCUUGAAGUCAACAUUGGGUCAAACCUUAUUUCUUUUGCUCCAUUUUCAUGUUUCAUUUGUCAUUAUACAGAGCACCCCAAUUUUGCAUCUUUCUUAUGUAAUGCUGUAGCUGCAUCUAAUUAUGUAAGGUUCAAAUUUCUGCUGAUGUGUUUACACUGCAAAUUUUUCCUGAGUUGUUCUCAGUUUUGCCAUGUUAGUUCAUAAAGACUUGACUGACUUUUUGAUGGACUGAAUCACUAACCAGAAACACAUUUUUUUAAGUGAAACCACUCUAUUCCGAUUAGUCUAAUGUCUUGAUCUAUGUUUAACUGACAUUAACAAGUGGUAUAACCU